AACAAAAAAAUAAACUUUUCCUCAUGUUUUACUUUUAAGUAUUAUAUUUUUAAACUCAAUACCUAUACUAUGAUUUAAUACAAAAAGCCAUAUCAUAGUCACUCUUAAGAAUAUUACCUUUCGAACAGCAUUAAUAGUAUUAUUAUUAAAAUACAUAUGAACACUAAUUUGCUUAAUUAUCCAUACAAUUUUUAAAUCUUAAGUACAUAGUUUUAUCUUUGUUUUCAGCUUUUUUUAGGAUUAACAAUAUUCCUUCUUCAUUAAUCUUAUCUUCAUAAACCUCUAUAAAAUUUAAGGUAUCUUAACAAUUUUAGAUACAAUUAGCAAUUGGGGCAUAAAAUUUAUUUAUUUUUUCAUUUUGCCAAAUACUCUCAUUUUCUUUUUAAACAAUUUCGUUUUGUUCAUUCUUAAAACUAAAAAUAACUUAGAUAAUAUUUUUGUGAUUUUAAAUAGCUUCACAUAAUUAUAUUAUAUCCAAAUUAUAUUAAUUGAAUUAAACAUUUUUAACAAGUUAUAAAUUUUUCAAACUUUAAUUAUUUCUAACCAAAUCAGUUAAACUAUCUAAAAUCUAUUAAUUAUAAAACAUUUCCAAAGAUAAUUUUUCCAAAUAUCUUAAUUAUUUUAAUUAUUCUAAAAACAAAUAAUUUGUAUCUUUUUUUAAAAAAAAUUGUAUAAUUCUCAUUAACUCAGAAUGUAUUUUUGAAAUAUUGACUUUAAUAUUUUUGGUAUUUUAGCAACUUCCGAUAGAUUUAAAAAGCAAAUCAAGUUAAUUUAAAUAUUAGAUUGAAUCAAUACGUAUUUUAAUUUAAUAAAUAGUAUUCAAUUUG